AUGAUUCAGGUUCAAGUCUUCAUUUCAAGCCUCCUACUGCUUCUUCCAGGCGCUGUGGAUUCUGAUGCAGUAGUGAAGGGGGUGGUGGGACACCCUGUCACGCUUCCACGUACUUACCCAACAGAUCAUGGAGUCACAACCACAUGUUGGGGGAAAGGGGAAUGCCAAUAUUUUUAUUGUGCAAGAACACUUAUCUGGACCGAUGGAUAUCAAGUCACCUAUCAGAGUAGCAGCCGAUACCAGCUGAAGGGGAACAUUUCGGAAGGAAACGUGUCCUUGACAAUAGAGAACGCUGUUCAGAGUGACAGUGGUCCCUACUGUUGUGUGGUGGAGAUGCCUGGAGUUUUCAGACAUAUGACCUAUUCAUUGGAAGUUGAGCCAGGUAAGGUUUCUUUGUUUCCUUUGUUUAUUUCUUGCAAGUGAACAGAGUCCUGUGUU